AUGAAUGGGGAAGUUCUUUGUAACAGCCACUCCAUCACAGUGAUGGGGCACAGUAAGACCCUAUUAAUUCAUAAUGAACGAAACAUCAACAAGGAAACUCAGUUAUCGCUACACUCUCAGGAAAAUGAGCCCAAAGAAAGUAAAAGACCAAAACCAUUCACCAUGGCAGCAAAAGAUUUGAGCUUAAACCUAUCAGACAGCAGCAAUUGUUCAGCACAACAGCAACACGAUGUGCUGAACUGCCCCCAACCCCCUUCUGCCAUAACAGCUUUGUCUUACAGCCUUUUUUACACCAACAAUAACAACAGUAAAAUAACCCCCCAGGGUAAACAGCAGAAACGAGGAGUUAACAAAAAUGAAAGAAGAUCAGCAACAAAAAGUGCUUCCAAAAGGAAUUCCCAAAAUCGAAAGGUGACAGAUUACUAUCCAAUUAGAAGAAGCUCAAGAAAAAGUAAGACAGAGCUCCAGUGUGAGCAAAAUAAAAUCAUUGAUGAACUCGUCGUGAAAGGAAUAGAAGAAGGAAUGGAGGUGCGGGAGAUCGAUGGAAAGGGCCGAGCAGUGUUUUCAACUCAAAAUUUCCAGAAAGGAGAAUAUGUGGUUGAGUACCAUGGCGACCUGUUACAGAUAACUGAUGCCAAAAAGAGGGAGGCUGAGUAUGCUCUAAACCCGGCCACUGGCUGCUACAUGUACUACUUCCAGUACUUAUGCAAAACAUACUGUGUGGAUGCCACAAAAGAAACUGGUCGAAUGGGAGAGGAGUUGCUGUAUGACUAUGGAGACCGCAGUAAAGCCUCAAUUGCAGCACAUCCGUGGCUAAAAGAGUGA